AUGACAAUACACCACUACCUACCACACUGCCGACCACACACAGCCCUACGGAUAUCUCUGACUCUCCUCAACGAUCUGCACGUCCAGCCCAGCCAUGUCUCAAUCUAUUUUCUAUUUUAUAUUUUUUUGCAGGACCUACUAUAUAAUGUACACUACCACUGCGGCGUAGCAUUGUGUCCGUCUGGAGAGCUGGAGCACGCCUCCCUCGGCUCCAGAUGUUGGGGUCCAAACGUUUUAACCCCACACCGCUGCGUUGUCAGAGCUGUCAAAGCAAAGCAGUUGCCUCUCUGCGAAUCGUGA